AUGAACAUUCUGUUUUUGUAUUGUACAAAAGUUCCACUUAGAUAUAUAAUUAAUCCUUGUCGUUCAUAUAAAAGUGCUCUAGCAUACGAAAAACUAUUUCCAAAAAGUUCUUCCUUAAACAUUUUAACAGAAGACAAUGUCCAAGUAAAAUCGCCAACGAAAGAAUCUGAUGAACAAUUCAACGGUUUUAUACCAAUAGACAAAAUUGAAAUAAAUCAUCGACAUUCGAGAGGACCAGGCGGACAACACGUGAAUAAAAAUCUAACCGGUGUUGAAGUUCGUUUUCAUUUGGAUACAGCCACUUGGAUUCCAAAUUGGAUAAAACCAAGAAUUAAAGACUUGUAUGGGAAUCGUAUAAAUAAAGAUGGAUAUUUCAUUACAUUUUCGGAUGAAACACGUCAUCAACUAUUAAAUCAAGCACAUUGUUUUGAUAGAAUUCGUGCAAUUAUAAGAGAUUCAAGUAUUCUACCAAAAGGACUUACUAAAGAUGAACAAGCAAUGAUCGAAAAACGGUAUGAAAAAUCGACUCAUGGAAUCUCUGAAAAUGGAGAGAAAAUAAAUAUUUUUGUUUAUCAUUAUAGAAAAAAUAUUGCAUCUGAAGAACGUGUUUUAAGAAAACGUUUUCAUUCACAAAGCAAACACGAUCGAACUCCUGAUUUAUCAUAG